UAUCCAAAAUAUUACAAAGAAUAGAUUUGUUUCCUUCUUUAUGGGAAGAAAAAAUGGCGGAAUCUGAUUGGAGCAAAACUGCGCAUGCGUUUGAAACAUAAACAGAAGUUGCCGCUUCCGGUAUUUUAAUCAUGCAGAAAGAAGAAAAACAGCUUGAACAUACUCUCGAAUCUCUCAUUCAGAGAGUUCAGGAUAUAAAGAAUUCCAUUGCCAAUCUUUUGGUAAAGCUGGAAAAUGAAUACAAUAUUCUACAAUGGCCAUCAAUGCUGGACAAUUUUGCCCUGUUAUCUGGACAGCUGAACACUCUUGGAAAACUUCUCAGAAAUGAAAAAGUACCACCAUUACGCAAUUCUAUAUUACUGCCAAUUGCUCUAUCGGGGGACAGAGAUCCAGAAUUGGAGAAAGUAACAGAGAGGAGAGUUAUCGCCUUCAAUGCUGAUGUGGUACCCCAUUAUCUCAGAACAAAGCCAGAACCAGAGGUAGAGGAGCGACUUCAGCCUGUUCUAAACAGGGCCUCCUCACUGACCCCAGAGGCGGCUCAGAAGCAGAUAAAUGCUAUGAAUAAAAUGACCAGUAACAUUGUGGAUAUCAUCAAAUCUCACCAAGAAACCAUGGAAAAAGAAGCCAAUCAGAAAUCAUCCCUCUCUCAGACGUCUUCUCAGGCUGACACCAACACACUGUUGUCUGCGGUUUUAACAGGGAAAGGUUUCAAAUCCAGCGGCAUGAGAAGGACGGACAUGGCACAACAGCAGAGCAACAUGCAGGCUCAGCAACAGGCAGCGCAACAAAAACAACAAGGAAAUGCCCAUGGAAAAGUACAGAGUUCUAUUAAAACAAAUAUCAAACAGGGAUCCAGUACUCAUCCUUACCAAAGAAACUGAAAUGUUGUGGUUUAAUAUUGGCCAAUAUGAAAUGGAACACUGUAAAACAGAGUACAAACAAUGUGUGACUGUGAUUGUUUAUCAUAAAGAAGUGCUUUGUUACAUGUAGAUAAUGCCAGUGACCAUGAAUGGGAAUUAGUGAAAAAAGGAUGAAAUAAAGUUAAUGCAUUUUCAUCGAUCGUAUAUUACAAUUUGUACAAUUUGAAAUGAAAUGACACAUAAAAAAGAUUUUGUUUACUGUAUAA